GGCCAGGCUCCUGAGGAUGUUCAGGAAGAAGGCUCUGCAGGUGGCCCCAGAGCCUGAGGGAAGCAGCUGCCAUCUUCCCCAGGAGCAGAGCGGCUCCUCCGUCCCCACUGGCGGGGAAGGAGCUCCCAGCCAGGCCAGGAGGUGGAAGUGCCCAGCCUUCUGGCAGAGAAAACCCGCUCCCAGUGCAGGCGCGGAGGUGGGAGAGGCCAGGUCGAAAUGGAGCUGGGCCAGGAUGCGGCUGGGCAGGCAGGACCCAGCGCAGGAGGGGAGCCGGACUGGGUGACUCUGGGACAUGUUGUGUGGGCACCAGCGGCCCCAGGAGCCCAGCCCUGAUUCCCAGCAGGAGGCAUCGCCCUGCCCGGUCACUGAGGACCUUCCAGCCUCCCCAGGGCAGGAGGUGGAGGAUCCCUGUCCCACCACCAGCAGCUCGGCCUGCUCCCCAUGGGACAGCAGCAGUGCCUGGGACUCGGGCAGCAGCAAGACCGAUGGGCGUCGCAGCUUUGUUCCAGGAAGAGGCCCAGCAGCUCGUGUUCCUGCACGCCAUCCACCCCGCGUCUCGCUGCACAGCAGAGAGGGCAGGACACACUGGUGCCGCACUGCUGCAAGGAGAGGAUUGUGGAGCUCAUUGAGGAGCUGCCUGAUAACUCUCCACCCGGCGCCGUCCUCGCUAACUCCCUGAUUGCUGUGGGCAACCUCAGCACCAUGACACCUGCCCUGGAGCCAGAGCUGGAGACCCACCUCCUCCGAGCUGCCCUGCACGCCGUCUUCACCCUGGGCAUGGAGAAGGACACCACCCAAGUGCAGGAUCUGCUUAGGGUCUUGCCAGACCUCCUGGACGCCAUGCUGUGGAACCUGCUGGCAGAGUCCCCAGACACCGACAGGCUCCAGUACAUCUUGGAGCUGAGCCCGAUGAGAGGGAACUCAGCGGAAUUCCCCAGGAUGGGUCACCACAUGGCACAGCUAGCUCUGUCCGUCAGUGACCCAGCCAAGGACAUCAGCCGGCAGACCAAGGAGGGGGGUUACCAGCUGCUGCUGCACCAGAGGGGUAAGGAACCCAGCUGGGAAAUGGCACCUGCUAGAAGAGUGAGACUGGGACCCCAGCCAAUUUCUCUCAGACUGACCCCGGCUGGAGGAUGAGUCUCUCUAUCUCUUUCUGUGUUCCACACCACGCCCUGCAAUUCUGUUGGGCCGGGCACGCAGCGAGGACUCUGCCCACUGUGCAGCCACCAAUGGGAUUGGAAGGACACAAGCCAUGCAACCAGAAGGACAAAUGUGUGUGUGUCUCUCUCCCUGUCACCUACUCCCUCCUGGGGGAAACCCAGCAGCUGAUGGGGGACAAGGUGAGCAGCUGCAUUAGACUCAGGAGAUUGGGGCGGGGCCCAGGCCUCAUUCCCAUCCUGUGGCCAUUCGCUGGCCUGGCACAAGGAGCCUGGUGGGGAAUGAAAGGGAGAGCAGGUGCUCCUGGAAAGGGAGAUGAAUUCACCUCCAUGAGCAGGAGCGAGCCAGCUUGUCCCCGGAGCAGCUCCACCCAGCUCUUUAGCCAGGCUAAUUAAUGACAGGCUUUGCCUCAUCCCAGACUUAUGUUCUUAGGACAGGGUGCUAUCGCUCUUGGGAAGGGCAGGAGAGUCCCCCAAGUGCCCUCUGCGAGACUCUCCUGUCCCACAGGGCCGCACCCAAUUCUUAGUGGUCUGGUGUCUGUGUCACCCGAGCCACCACCCAGAGUUGCUCCCAUCACUGGCAGCCUGGGAGGCCAAGGACUGACGGGUGAUGGCGUCUGACCAGGCAGGGCUGAGGCACAUGGGCAGGGGACGCUUGUCCUGCUGCUGGCAAGGCUGGACCCGUUCUGGAGAGAACAGGAGGAUUCAAUCAGCAGUAGGGUUAUCAUGUCUAAUAAAUAAAAAAAGAGGACCCUCCACGGGCCCUGGCCCCGCCCAUUUCCCCACGCCCCAACUCCACCCCCUCCCACCCUAACUCAGCCCCCUCCUCCCUCCCUCUCCCAGCCAUGGUGAAAGGGUUGCCCCAGUGCUACCGGCUUCACGGUUUGCCGGGCAGCCCCCAGACCCUGCGCCCCCGGCCGGCGCUUCCCCAGAGCAGCUGGAGCCCGGGAAGGGAAGUGCCUGGCCCAUGGCUCGGGGUCCGGAGGCAGUGGGGGCUGCCCGAAGCCAGUAGCGCUGGCUCUGGCAGCUCGGCUCUUAAAGUCUGAGAGGGGAGGAGCGGAGCAGAGCAGCCGUGGGAGGGGAAGUGCCCGGCCGGCAUUUUCCCGGACAUGUUUGGCUUUUCGGCAAUUCCCCCCGGACGGGGGUUUGAUUGCCGAAAAGCAGGACAUGUCCGGGAAAAACCGGACGUAUGGUAACCCUAGUCAGCAGGGGCUGCCGAUCCGUCCCAUUCACCAGGGCUGCCAUCCUGCGGCUUCAGCAUUAGUGGCUGGGGUGACUUGGGGAAAGGUCUCAACCUCCCCACAUCCCACUUCACUGCUGCCAGAAUCCCUCCUGCCCACC